AUGCCCAAUGCAAUUUCUACUUCUUAUAUUGAUGAAUUUGAUCAAGAAGAAUUAACAGAUGAAGAAUACUUUUUAGGUGAUAAAAAAAUAUUGGCAGAUGAUGAAAUGAAUGACAUAGAAAAUUCAUUAAAAAAACUAAAAAAAGACCUUGAUGUAAUUGAUGGAUUUGAUACAAGUGAAUCAGAUCUUAUUAAAGACAUCAUUAGAAUAAAACUUUUGCAAUUGAGAGCAGAUCAUGGCAAAAUCAAUAAGCAUAUAGAUGAAAAUACAUAUACAUCUAUAUUAAUUUCAAUGGAUUUUGAAUUUCUCAGAUUGCAUUUUCCUGGUUUAAUAUCCUCAAGCUGGAAUGAGAAUGAGGUACCUUCUUCAAAGUGGCGUCGUGAGAAAAUAUAUAAUGACAGUGAUGCAAUGGCUCGCAAAGCAGAUGGCAUAUUGUUUAAUUACAAUUGUCGUGAUCAAGAACUUUUCAUUUUUGAAAAUAUUGGCCCUCCAGAAAAAACAAAUAACCCAAAAUAUUUAUCUGACAAGUUGAAGUGUUUUAGAAAUUGUGCCGACUCUAUUUUCAAAACCUUUUAUAAUGGAAAUGGCAAUAUUAAAUAUGCUUCAAAAUUCUAU